AUGGCCAGGGGAUCUACUGACGGGAAUCAUCUUAAGGACUAUGACAAGUGCAGUUAUGUGUUGCGUGAGGAACUCGUGGGUAAAGACUUUUUCGACUACUUAAGCGGACUGAGAAAGAUUAGUGAAAGCGAGGGGUUUUUCGUGGUUCAGCCUCCCGAGCCGUGGAAGGUUUCAAUUCGCGAACAGUGUUUACAGAUGUUGACUCCUGACCUCGCCAUAGAUUAUGUGACAAAAAGGAUUGAGAAAGUGCAAGCUGGAAUUUAUACCUUUUGUUUGGUGGAUGAAACACCCCGAACGGUGAAGUAUGGUGAAUAUAUCGAACUUUUAAAUGAGCAAAAACGGGUGGUGGACAAUAGAGUCCAAGGGCUUGUCGUGGGGAGUAGUGGUUACUUUGACUCCUUAGCCGGACUGGACAUUAAGUACGCGGCUGAUCUUUCUCUCGACAUCUUUAAGGAAGUGACUGGUCUCAAUUUUAAUCGAUUGGUUCCCUUGUUAAGGGCCCUGCCUUCAGCCGCAGGGGAGAGACGGGUCGAAGGGAUUCAUACGGCAAUGACAUACAUUGCUGGUAGUGGGUCCAGUUUCCCUAUUCACAUUGAGGACUGUAAUCUAGCUGCACUGAACUACCAGAUUUUCGGAGAGUCAAAGAAUUGGUUCAUUAUUCCCCCUUCUGAGUUCCAGACCUUUUACAGCGUGGUGAAUCGGAUUCUUAAGACCAGGUUUCCGGGGGAGCAGUGUGAUUACUUGUUGAGGUAUAAAUUCAUUCUGCUCUCGGAUGAUUUCUUCACGCGGAAUAAACUUGUGCGGACAAAGUACGUCCAAAAAGCGGGGGAUUUGCUUGUUCUGGACCAUAGUGUUUUUCACAUGGGUACCAGCAUGGGGCUGGACAUCAAUGUCGCGGUCAACUAUGCCUUCACGAACUGGGGUCAGUACGCUAAGGCCGCGUUAGCUGAAAAGGCCUGUGCCACCUGUUCCGAAUUUCCCCGCUUGGUGAUUAACAACCAGUUGAAGAUCUGGCAGAAAAGUCAAAUCGCCCGGGACCUGAUUGGACAUCCCUACGACCCGAAGUACUUGGCCGAAAUGAAGCGCCGCCGUGAGGAGCAACGUCGUAGCGGCGUUAUUUCUUUUGGUCAGAUGACGAGAGCCCGACAAGAAGGGGCUGUUUUCACAGCCCAACAGAAAAGCAGUAUCGCAAAGUACCUCGCCAACAAAGCUGUUUGUAUGAAUAGCACUCAGAAGCUAUGGUCUGGCUAUAAGAGAUGGCCAGGGCGAGUACCGUGCGGCACUAGCUCUCCCGAUGCAUUCAAAAGGAAGAUCAUCAAUCAAAUCUAUAAACCCUGCCUUACGAGUGGUGAAACAUUCGGACUUUUGGAGGAAGAGUUUCAGUUGUUAAGGGGAAAGCUUUCUGGGCAUUCGUUCGCCUAA